UAUCGAAGAAGCUUUCUGCGUAGAAGCUCUCUGCCUGUCUAAAUAAUCAUAACUCGCGUUCUAACUACAGACUUGUUAGAUUGACUUAGAAUAUCUACUUCAUUUGUUGCGCGACAAUAUUGUAGCAAAGGUUUAACUAGUGAAUUUGUGACUGAAAAUUCCGAAGAGAGCUUUGUAUUUGGAAGUAAGACGUCUCCAAUCGUUGAUUAUCUAGCAAAAUCACAGGAGCUGGUAACGAACCAUCCAGCAAUGCUAGAAACUGAUUGCUGAUUAUUUGCACAGUUUGACAGACAUACACGGUAAGAUGAGGAUGUUUAAAACGACGAACUGAUUUCAACUGGAGUUAUAUAAGAGCUUCUCUGAACACAAACAUGUCUUCUGAAAACAUGAGUACCACAACGUUUUUGUCAAAUAUAUCGUACACAGAACAGACGACUGAUUUAAACAAUUCAACUGCUGUUAUGCAGAGCACAGAAAAUACAACAGUCGUAGAACCACUUAUAGAGGCCGAAGAACGUCCGGAAGCAGUAAUAGUGCCGAUAUUAUUUGCCAUUAUUUUCCUUGUUGGAGUUAUAGGUAAUACCGCUCUGAUUUUUACUGUUCUAAGAAAUAAAUCAAUGAGGAACACUCCUAACAUUUUCGUUGUUAGUUUGUCUAUCGGUGAUUUAUUGCUUUUGUUAUGUUCAGUACCAUUUUCCUCAACAUUCUACUCAGUAACGUCAUGGCCAUUCGGAGAAGGACUCUGCAAGUUCAACGAAUUUAUGCAGACUUUAUCGCUUGGCGUGUCAAUAUUUACUUUAACAGCUUUAAGUGGCGAUAGAUAUAUAGCUAUUGUUCACCCAAUGAGCAAGCACACAGGAAAACCAACCCUUAUCACAGUUGUUACAGUGGUGGGUAUUUGGACAUUAUCUAUGGUGUUAGCCGUACCUGAUGGAUAUACAAGCAAAUUGGAAUAUGUGUCCGGUUUCCUUGGAGAAAAUAGUACCAAUUCCUCCAGCACAGACAUUCACUUGGGAAUAUGUAUGAUCUAUCCGCUGAAUUAUCCAGAUUGGUACCAAAAGGUACAUUCUAUGACAAGGUUUAUCGUAUUUUUUGUCAUACCUCUUCUGAUUAUAGGGUUGUUUUAUAUACUGAUGGCAAGAAUUCUAAUUUUGAGUAGCCGGGACAUGCCCUGCGAGUCCAUGAAAGAUUCCGCCAUGAACCAACAACAAAAACGCCAAGUCCAGGCCCGUUUGAAAGUUGCAAAAGUGGUUUUGUCCUUUGUUAUCAUCUUCAUUAUCUGCUGGUUACCACGACAUAUCUCAAUCUUGAUUCAUUUCCACUCCGACGUGGAAUACAACAUGUUCUGGCAUGUUUUCAAGAUCAUCUCGUUCUGUUUGACCUAUAUAUACUCAUGUGUAAAUCCAUAUGCUUUAUAUUUUCUAAGUAGUCAGUUUAGAAAAUACUACAAUCGUUAUUUGUUUUGUUGUUGUCCUAAAUUUAAGUAUCGUAGUCUUGGAGCAGAACAGUCUGCGAUGUACAACUUUAAUAGUACUGUGAGGCGUGGGAGCACAACAUACACCGGAGUGGUACAUUCUCAAUCCAUGUGUUGAAAAUUUGUUUAACAUUUUAACUCAGAAUUUAGUAAGAAAACAUUGUGUGUACUAUUUUGCAUUUCUGUCUACUUUACAGUACAGGACAUUUAAAACAUACUGUGUGUUUUUUAUUUAAUUCUUCAAACUUUGAACAUUCGGGAGCAAGUACAAUGUACAAGAAUUAAAACUGUACCUUGCUUACUUUUUGAAUUACCUCCCCUUCUUGAUUUACUCUUUUGUCCGGAGCAUAACUCCGAAAAAAUUAAAGGUAUUGUGUUAAAGCUUCCUUCAGUGACAGGGUCUUUCGAAGGAAAAUGUAGUGUAUAAUAACAAUAUAACUUUUGUUUACUUUUGAAUUAUUUCUCUUCAUUUGAUAUACAAAGUAAUCAUUAACUCAUUUUUCCGGACCGUAAGAAAAAACAACAAACCGAUUUUGUAACUUCACCCAAGGCCAAAAGAACAUUUCGGGAAAGAUCAGAGUACAAGACCUAUAACUCUAUACUGCAUGUUUAAUUGUCUGUGUGUUUCUUUACAAAUACCACUUUUGGCCAGAACAUAUCUAUAAAACUAUGACCGGGGUUUUGUUAACAAUUCAAAGAAUUACACAGGAUAGCAAGAGAAAGUGCAGUGUACACGAUCUGUUACUCUAUUUUGCUUAUUUCGAAUUACACCCUUUCAUUUGCUUCACACGUUGCACGUUUGUCCGGAGCACACCUACAAAACAAUUUAUUGUUUUUAUUAAAAAACGCUAACUUAAAACAUUACACAAGGAUAAAGGACAUUAUAAGCAUGUGCAUUGUAAACAAACCAUAAGCCUUUUUCACAUUUUAAAUUAUCUUCCUUUAUCAAAUUUACUUGUCCGAGGCAUACCUCUGUAAGUGCUGAGGUAUUAUAUUCAUUUGCAAACAAGGAUGAAUGACAUUGAAUGAAAUUGCAGUGCAUAAGAGUUGAGUUGUAACUCUACCUUAAUUUCAUAUUUAAUCACCGCCCAUUAUCAUAUAUUACUAUGUUGAACAUAACUCUUCAGUGCCGAAGGCGAUUUAUUCAGAUUGCUUAAAAAUUUAGUACAUUGGAGAGAAGUGAACUGUACAAGAACCGUCACUGUAAAUCUGUGACCAGAACCGUGUUGUUCGAAACUUUUAACAGGCGGUUAAGCUAACGACUGAAUACUUUUUAAGACUAUAUGUCGGCAUUUUAUAAGACUCUGAAAAACAAAUUUAUGAGUUAAGGACUAUGAACAACAAAAAUCCUUCACAGUAAAAUCAAAAAGCCAUACUAGUCUUUCCCAUUAAGACAAAUAAUUUGAAUACAAAUUUAACAGGCGGUUAGUUUAACAGCCGGUUAAAGUUUCGAACAACUGGGCCCAUUAACUCAGACAAACUUUUUUGAAACCUUUGAAAAAAUGUAUUUUCAUGAGAGUGCAGGAACAUAGUUCAGGAACUUGAGUGUACAUUAAUCAAUGCUUUUUUACAUAUAAAACACAAAAGUUUUUGAUAUCGUUUUUGCCUCUUAUUAAUAUACAUACAAUUCACUUUUUAUAAUUUUUUCCUGAAUUUGCUUUGAUGGAAAUAUCACCAUUUCCAACUCUUUUUUUUUCUUCAUUUUAUCUGUAUACAUGUAUUUUGCAACAACGUUGUUUUCUUAAUGACAAUACAUAUUUUCUUAAAUACAUUUCUUAACAGUAUCUAAGUAUUUUUCACCGCACUGUAGGUAUACAGAUUUAACACAUAUCGCAAAUUAUAUUUAGAUUUUAUGUGAACAUGAAUGUUGAAAAUCAUUUCAAGUGGAACAUUUCACAAAGACUGGUGCAAUCAUACGUCUAACAAAAUACUCGUUUCUUGUUCAGAUUAAAAAUUGGGCUUUAUCAGUAAUUUAAGAGAAUCAAACAAGACUUGUUUAACCUAUGUUUGAAGCUUUUCUGUCUGAUUUUUGCCCUCAACGGAAACGCAAUUCAGUUAUUAUAUGUAAUCCCUUUACGUAAAUCUUUAUUAAAUUUGUUAUUGUUUAAUGUCCAUGAUUUUUAUGUACGGGGCAGAACUGCAGCAUGAUACAUGUGUAUUUUAAACAUAAGUUUAAAGUUACUUUUUGCAGUUACUCAUUGCCAGUCAUUUAUAAUAGGAAGCAUAGUCCCAAUUAUUUCUAUGAUGCGAGUAUUUCUUUUACAAUUUAUUUAAUGCAUAAUAUAUAUCGGCAAUAAAAGUGUUUGACAAAAUUUCUAACUCUAUAUCCCGUUAAACUGUCAUGAUAUUUAAUGUUUUAUUCACAAUUUUUAUACUUGUUGUUAUCUUAUUGUUUGUUGUACCAUUUACAUACUUGCAUAUUCAUAAACAUGUUUUAUUUGCAUUUUUUUGCUGAUAUAAGCCUAACAUGUGUUUUUAGCCGUAUGUCAGUUAAGUUAAAGUGGUAAUUUGGUUUAAUCGUUCAUCUUUGAUCCUGUACAAAUACCGAAUACCGAUAACUGACAACCGCCCAUCUUGAAUCACAGAUUAAGGACCUUCGAAUAUGUUGUCGUCUUUUAGCUAGGUGGGCCAAAGACUUUAUUACAUUACGUUUGUUAAGUUACUGACAAAGUAUUUAAUUUAUAUUUAUGAGUAUUUGUAUAUAUGUUGUGAACAUAUUUGUUAUUCAUGUGCACUGAAAUAAACGUGUUCAUUGUC